GUCAUGGCAUCCAGGAAGAUAUCUUUCUGUUGUGUGCGGCAUUGGUAUUAAACCAUGACAAACAUUAGACAAGAUGACUUCAUGUCAGAGUUUCAUUGUGGUCUAUUGAGAGAAUACGAACUACAGCUGCGAAAUUUAUUGUCGCAUCGUGACAUUUUAGGGUAUUUGAACGAGGUUGGCGCACUAUAGUUCCAAACUUUGCCGUCGGGCUUUGUAAUUCACCUGGCUAGGCUCGGCACUGGUACUUGGGUUGUGUUGGCUGCUGCUAAUACUACGUACUACUAGUACUACUAUAGUACUACUACUAGUACUUACAGAUAUUCUCUGAAGAAGAAUCCCAGAAAAUAUGUAGCGGCGACACCGUGGAAGAGUGCAUGAGACGGUUGCUCUGCAUCGUAUCCACGAAGAAUGAUAGAGCUUUCGAACAACUAGUCUGUGCAAUAGAAAGGGUGGAUUGCAAUCAUCAUUCAGCUCUGCCAAUCAUAGUGCAACAACUUAGACAGAAGGAUUGCUUACAAAGAACAGGUAUCAAAGAUUUGGUUCACGUUUCCGAUGCUGAAGCAAUCACAGUGGGCCAUGGCAAUUUGAAGUCUAGCACAACUUCUCCAACUAUUGAAGAACCAUUGGAGCAGUCGAGGUUAAGCACUGAUAGCCUAGUGAGACAACAGGGAUUGCUACCGGCAUCAGAAUCUGACGAAAUGGCCGCAAUGGCAAUGCCGAAUAUUAGCAGAGAGGCUGAGCCGCAGGAUCUGGGCACGGCGGAGAACUGGGAAGGCUCGGACAGCGACUCAGACGAAGACUGCUACUGGCCGUCGCCUCUGGUUAACCUGAGGUCACCGAUAAACAUUCUAGCGCCGAUGUUCUGGUGCACAGACAAUCGGAAGGUGCUUGAGGACUUUCUGGACAAGAAGAUGAAGAGAGACGUUCAGAAGUCGGACGCAGUUGCGAGUGGAAUGAGCGUUUCCGUCGCGGCGCAGCAGUCGUGUGCCGCUGCUGCUGCAGCCGGAGGCGAGGCGGCAUCCUGUGACGUUAGCAUGCUGAGCGAGGCACGCUGUUUCUCGAUCGUGCUCAGCCCUGCUGCUAUCGACACAAUGAAAGAGCUGAGAGACUUUGAGAUGACGGAGUUGGCUGCGUUAACAAGUCGGCUGGCGUUCAGCAAAGAAGACCGUACAAAUCUCGAGCAGCUGCAGAAUAUGUACUCAGUGCCAUGUUUCGUGAAGCACUGUCUGCAAUCUAUGCAGCUGUCAGUAUGGGACGUGAUGGAGGCACUUAACCAUAGUCUGGUGGGAAGAGAGGAUAUUGCUGCUGCAUUCUCUACCCUGGUGGCCAGCGCAGCCCAACAGUGAAAAGAAAUGCUAACAAUCCGAGACCCUACGAUAGUAUAUGGACGUCCACCGAUUGGAGACUGCGCCACUUUAGUAGGUUACGUGUUGGAGAUUUCUACAACUGAUGAAAGUUGUACUUACAAGUCGAAUAUUAAUAUUUUAUUCCACCAUGUGCUGUAGAAGGUUUGAAUUCUAGCAAUGGUUCUUCGAGAUAAAAACCAAAUCUUACCUCAAUAUUAAUUUGUAUCAACAAUUGAUUUAACAAGAACACUAUAGCAUCACUUGUCUAUAUUGUCAGUUCAAAUCCUUGACUAUGCUGAUGCUACAUUAGCAGCACAUUCAGUUGUAAAACGAUUGAGUGUGCAUGUGUGGGAAAUCCUACUGGUGCCAUUUGGUGCCUAAAAAGAAUUAAUACUAAAGACAGUCUGGGAUUAAUCUUUAUACAGUGUGGGAAUGUAAUUCUAUGGUUCGAUGUAUUGUAUUCAUGCAUGUUUCUGCAACCUUAAUGCUUAGUAAGGUCCAGUUUAGGUAGAAUUUGAAUUUAUAACCUUUGACAAAACUGUUGAUGUUAUGCUAGGACACCUAGUUAUAGAGUACACGUUAAAUAUAAUGUACUUAUUGAAUGUCAUUGUAUGUUUACAGUAGGAAGCAAGACUUACAUUAGAUUAUUGUCUGAUUACACAACAGGAAAUGUGUGCGUGCGUGCGUGCGUGGGUGCGUGCGUGCGUGCACGCGCCUGCGCGUGAGUGCUUGCAUGCUGGCGUGCAUGAAUCCAUGCUUGCAUGCGUACGUACAGGCGUGCGCGGACGCCCGCACGCACGCACGCACGCACGUACGUACGUACGUAUGUAUGUAUGUAUGUAUGUACAUAUUACUAAGGGUAGUUUUGAAAAUAUCUUUAACUGAAUAUCUCAUAACAUCAGGUUAGAAUCUCUGACUGUGCUCGGGGUUAUUUUUAUAUCAAUUUAAAUUUUAUAAAAUACAGAGAAACAAGCAUGCCUUCUAUACAUUACCUACAUACGAGUAACCUAUAUGUGUUGCAAAAAAUGGUUAUUGCAUCCGAAGAUCGGAAGCCAUAUACUGGGAAAGUCUGUACUUUUUGCACGAAUACCUGUGGCACAUGAAACAAAAAUUUAAAUCUUGUCUGAUAUGCUACAUGUGCUUAGUGUUGAUGACUUUAGAUUAACAAGAUUGUAAUUAGAUUACACAGUUAUUUGGUAAAGAUCUCGUUAUCUAAUUAAUCGAUGUUGUGAUUUGAUGUCCUAUGCUCGUUUAUAGAGGAGGUAACUGUAGCAAGACUUUGACCAUAUAUGUACUUGUUUGACAGGAAACAGACUUAUUUAGUGAUGCUUCUUAAGUUUCUCAUAUUGAAUUCUAUUCAGAAUAUAUUUAAUAUGUGUGUGUGUAGAUGUAAAACUAAUGAAUGCAGGCUAAUGUAUAUUUUUAGCAGCUUCCUAUUUUACAAUAAUAUUAUGUGCAAAAUUCAUGUAGGUAAUUAUUUUGGUAGCAGAGUCUUUGUUUGCUAGACUGGCAGGUCUUAAAAUUGUGACAGUCCAAUAGAGAAAUGUGUAGCAGAAUCACUGUUAUUUAUAGCGGACUAACUAUAAUUGAUUUCUAUGUCCCCAUGUAUACGUCUUUUACCUAAUGUGACUUACAAUAAACCGCGAUAUAUAUAUAUAUAUGUUAAAAAUAAUGAAUUCAUUGGCAUAGAGUUGAAUAAGCAGAGAGGGUGAUGUACAACUAAAAUCCCAAAUUUGCGUGUAAAUCCACGGUAUAUGUAUAGAAUGCAGAAUCACAAUGUUAGACCAUAACUAUCUUUUGCAGUUGCGAGAAUUUGCGAGCACACUGUUUUGAUAACGAACUUAUAUAUUUACUAAAUCAAUAAUCGUGUAGACAAAAUGCACGAGCUUUGCGUUCAAUCUCAGACGUCAGCUUCUGCUAAUUGUACUGUGAAAUGUACUACCAUAAUGCUAUUACCGUUGUGCUAUACGUGAGUUGGUACCAUGAAUACGUGUGCUGUUUACAUGCAUACUAUCUAUUUAUAUUAAAUUUGUGCGGGCUAUCACUCGGGGGGGAAAAAAAUAUUUUGAAAACCCAGGCAAUUUCAGGGAUAGUGCAAAAAUGUGCCGUUGAUUCUGUGCUUACGUUUACAGUUAAUUGGCGUCGAAUGUUUAAUUAAAAACUUAUUUAGUACUUAGCGUGGCAUCGCGCACAGUCGCGUUACUACGGCUGGUUACCGAGCGGAGCAUGGUGACUAUUUUCAAUGUUGACAAUUGUCGUGUACAGUGUGACGCACCUAGGUUGCCAUCAUGCCGUUAGAACGGCUGUAGUCGUGUUAGAGAUGACAGUUGUAAAGCGGGGAAUACGUGUGUAUGGACUAGAUUAAUCGACUCUUAGAACGUGUGGUAGAGCUCGCUGGGUGUGUCUUUGAGUAAGACGCUUUGAGUAGUCUCACUUGAAUGUACCGUUUUCGUGAGAAUUUGUUCUUGCUAAAUGAAAGAGGGGAUUUGUUUAGUAAUAUCGUGGCUCUUUGUGGAAUUUUCGUGGGAAGUAAUCUCUGGUCCACGCAGAUCGUUCUGUGUGAAUUAUAAGGUCUGAUUGGUGUGAAGGUAUGAGCAAUGCAGUGGUGAGAUUAAAUAGGGAGUCGCAGUGAGAGUUUGCAUGCACGGGAGAAGCAUGUAUGUAACGUUUAGCGUUAAGGUUUUCUAAUAUGUUAUCACUUUAAUUGAAUGUUUACAACCGUUAGGAGAACAGGGUAUUUUGUAGGAGUUUAUCACGUAUCAUAUUAUAUAUACACACACAUAUAUAUAUUUACUAUACUAUUUGUCCACACAUAUAGUCGAAGUGUGUGAUUGACUUCAGAAAUAUAGGUAGCAUAUAGGUAGCAUUCUAUUUUACUGAGAAAUUUACCCAGCUUUGAUGUUCUGAUAUCUUUUUCUCUGGUAGUCGUGUCUGACAUGACCCUCUUUCAUGUAGAUUAGUUAUGUUUUUUUUUCAAAAAUCCUCUGUAACUCACAGGCUUAGCAGCAAUGCAAUUCAUUUGCAAGCAAUUAAUCUUUAAACCUAUAUCUACCGAUAGAUGUUUGAUUGCCAAUUUAAUAAUUCCUUUUCCUUAAUGUCAAAUAUCGGAAAUUUACUAUGGUAUGAUUCGUACGUGUACAGGUAGAUAUUAAAUAGAAGUGAAAUAAUUAUUUGUGAAAAGUUAAA